AUGGCGGCCGUGAUGGCCAUGCCGGACGUUGAAGCGGCCGCCCAGCGACUGGGCAUCAACCUCUCCUCUGUCGAUCUCGACGACAUCCGCCUCCCUCCCGGAGACGAUUUUGGCAUACCGAGGUGGUGACUAGUCCCCCCUCCCCCGGAAACACCGACCCCUGGCCCUGAGUAUGAUUGUGGCUUCACAAUUUUCGGUCUGUUUGAUCUCAGUGAUGAUGACGAGGAUCUGCUCGCGAGGGAGGAGUUGGAGUUCGAGUCCGGGUUCGGUAACGUCGUCGUUGUCGACAACCUGCCGGUUGUUCCGCCGGAAAAGUUCGAGAAGCUGGAGAACGUCGUCCGCAAGAUCUACAGCCAGAUCGGGGUCAUCAAGGAGGACGGCUUUUGGAUGCCGACUAACCCUGAGACCAAAAAGACCCUUGGUUACUGCUUCAUCGAGUACAAUACCCCGCAGGUGAGGCCGAACCUGCCGUCACGAGUGUUAUAGAAUUUGGGCCAUUCACCAUUAUGUCGUGUUGAUUACGAAUUCGAUGUGCCCGUAGGAGGCAGAGCUUGCGAGGGAGAAGACGAACGGGUAUAAGUUGGACAAGUCACAUAUUUUUGCAGUCAACCUGUUCGAUGAUUUUGACAAGUUCAUGAAGGUUCCAGACCAGUGGACUCCUGCUGAGAUCAAGCCAUAUGUACCUGUGGUAAGCAAGCGCUUAAUCUCACGGCAGUAUGUUUGGGCUUUAGAUCCUGGUUUCGUGUGACUGCUUGCCCCUCCCGCUUAAAUGGCUUUAUUGCUCGAUCCUUGAUUUGAUUCCGAUUUGUCAUCUUGCGAGCUUCGUGUGCCGUAUAGCUACCAGAGAAAAUAUGGGAACCCCACAUUAUAGGCCAUUAACAUGGUAUUGUCUCUGGAAGAGUAUUACUUUCGUGUGAACAACUCGUAUCUCUGGCUGCGUCUGAAGGUGAUUACCCAUUAUUUCUGUCCAGUUUUGUGCGGUAUAGUUGACAGAUGACGUGAGGCAUUGUGACAUCUUCCAUUUUUGGCAGAAUUAUGGCGUGUGUUGCCUCUUCUAAUUUAACCUUAUGAUGACUUUCGACAGGAGAACCUCCACAAGUGGCUAACUGAUGAAAAGGGUAGAGACCAAUAUGUUAUCUGUGCCGGUCAGGAAACUGAGGUCCUGUGGAACGAUGCAAGACAGCUGAAACCAGAGCUUGUCUACCGUCGUAGUGUAAGUAAUUUUUGAAAAAUAUACUUGUAUUCUAUGCUUAUGCCUUUGAAUUCAGAAUUGAUGGAUAUGAUUUAUUUAUUUCGAUGGCCAUAUUACUCGUCCUUUUUAAGGCGGGGGAAUGUGAAUGAAUUAGAGAAUGAGUCAGACGAAGUGGGACAAGUACCUUCUCUCAUCAGGAAGAUAGUUUGAACUGAGAAUAUAUAUGCAUUCAUAUAUAUAUGUAUAAUCUUUUUUCAUUCUGUCAUUUAUACUAAGAACCGUUGAUAAUCUCACUGAAAGUUUGCUGGGUAUUAUACAUUCUCCCUGUGAUUGGUGUACUUUAGCAAAACUUCGUUGAAGUCGAGGAGCCUAAAUAUUGAAGAUAUUAACUUCCUGUGAUCCAAAUGGCCUGUAAAUAUCAGGGACAUACUGUGCAUUUGUUUUGAUUCCACGAUAAAUUGCUCAGUGGUUGAUUCCUCAUUUUUCUGGUUCGCAGCAAUGGACUGAGAGUUUUGUUCAGUGGUCUCCUCUGGGUACUUACUUGGCUACGAUGCACCGGCAGGGUGUUGCCAUCUGGGGAGGUGGCAGUACGUUCAACCGCAUAAUGCGUUAUGCCCAUGCUCUGGUCCUGCGAGUUUAAACCUAAAAUUUUCUUCAGUUUUUUUUUUCUGUUUUCUGUUCUGUAACAUGGUGAUCUCUUGCAGGUUAGGCUUAUUGAUUUCUCCCCUGGGGAGAGAUACCUGGUUACAUACAGCAGCCAUGAGCCUAACGGUCCUCGUGAUACUCAUGUAAGGCAGCAUACGUAGUUCAAUAUUUAAUCGUGAUUAUGUGAAUGCGAUCUCAUCGGUGCUAUGUUGAUCUUUUCUGCGCCUGUUUUCAGAGAGUCGUGCUGAAUAUUUUCGACACAAGAACAGGCAAAGUUAUGAGAGAUUUCAAGGGAAAUGCGGACGAGUUUAUGACCGGCACUGCGGGGGGUGUUUCUGGAGUGUCCUGGCCUGUUUUCAGGUGACACGAGAUUUCCCACCAUCUUUUCAAUCCUCAUCUGUAGAGUUUUGUUGUGAUCGACAUCAUGAUCUGUAGAUUUAAGGAAGUCAACUCUUGCUCACGUUUUGAUAUUUUUCAGGUGGGGCGGUGGCAAAGAUGACAAAUAUUUUGCUCGGAUUGGAAAGAAUGUGAUCUCUGUCUAUGAAACAGAGACCUUCUCCCUUGUUGAUAAGAAAUCCAUGAAGGUGGAGAAUGUAGUUGACUUCUGCUGGUCCCCUGCCGAUCCCAUACUUGCACUCUUUGUUCCAGAGCUCGGUGGCGGGAAUCAACCAGCCAGGGUGGGUACCUGUUGACUCCCCAUCCCCAGAACAAUUAGUGUUUCCUAUCAUCUUCUUCCAUCCCCAAUGGUUGAAUCUCUCUCUUCUUCCACCCACCUCUCUCUCUCUCUACAGGUGAGCCUUGUCCAGAUUCCUGGCAAGGAGGAGCUGAGGCAGAAGAAUCUUUUCAGCGUGAGCGACUGCAAGAUGUACUGGCAGAGCAAUGGCGAAUACCUUGCUGUCAAGGUUGACCGAUACACGAAGACGAAGAAGUCAACCUACACUGGCUUCGAGCUCUUCCGCAUAAAAGAGAGGGACAUCCCCAUCGAGGUCCUGGAGCUUGAGAACAAGAACGAUAAGAUCGUGGCCUUCGCUUGGGAGCCCAAAGGUCACAGAUUUGCUGUCAUCCAUGGAGACAACCCCAGACCCGAUAUCAGCUUCUACUCCAUGCGAACCACCCACAACUCAGGCCGAGUUUCUAAGCUGACCACUCUGAAGGGCAAGCAGGCCAACGCCCUCUACUGGUCUCCCGCUGGUCGCUUUGUGAUCCUCGCUGGUCUGAAGGGCUUUAAUGGUCAGCUGGAGUUCUACAAUGUGGACGAGCUGGAGACCAUGGCCACUGCCGAGCACUUCAUGGCGACAGAUAUCGAAUGGGACCCCACUGGAAGGCAUGAUGAACAACAACUCAUCAUCUCUAUGAGUCUAGAUCGAUCAUAGGCGCAUAUUUUCUCAUUCCAUGUUCGUCUCCAGGUACGUUGCGACGUCUGUGACUUCAGUCCACGAGAUGGAAAACGGCUUCAACAUCUGGUCUUUCAAUGGCAAACUGCUGUACAGAAUACCGAGGGACCAUUUCCGUCAGGUGAGGAAAUCUGUCUGUCUCUCUCCGGUCCUGUCGAUGAACAAGUCUUCUGAGCCUGUUCAUCGCGGUCAUGGCAGUUCUUGUGGCGGCCGAGGCCGCCGUCUCUGCUGAGCGCGGAGAAGGAGGAGGAGAUCUCCAAGAACCUGAAGAAGUACAGCAAGAAGUACGAGGCGGAGGACCAGGACGUGUCGCUCCUGUUGAGCGAGCAGGACAGGGAGAAGAGGAAGAUGCUCAAGGACGAGUGGGAGAGGUGGGUCAAGGAGUGGAAGAGGCUCUACGAUGAGGAGAAGGCGGAGCGGCGGCGGCUGAGGGACGGCGAGGCCAGUGACGAGGAGGAGGAGUACGAGGCCAAGGAAGUCGAAGUGGAGGAAAUCCUUGAUUCCGUGGAGGAGGUUGUCCCAUAG